CUCGUGGGUUGUGGCGGUGGCUUUAAUCUCCGAAUAAAAAUUUACAGUUAGGUUUUGGUAUAAAAAUCACCAAGCCUUUGGAUAAAGGAAAAACUUCUAACUCCGACACCAUCCCCAAUUUUCUCUCUCUGGUAUGCCGUUUUGCUGAGUUUUGAAAUAUGGCAGGCAGAGAAGUUCGUGAGUACACCAAUCUGAGCGACCCCAAAGAUAAAAAGUGGGGAAAAGGAAAGGACAAACUGGACGAUGAAGAUAUUGCUUUCCAGCGUAUGGUUGCAAAGAUGCAAGAGGUUGCUGGAGAACGUGGAGGCUACCUUCAUGGGCGAGGCGCCUUGGACAGUGAUGAUUUGCUCUAUCUCAAAGAGCAGAUGGAAGCUGAGGAGGAUGCUGAACGCCUCCUGCGACGCACUGAGAAACGUGCAUUUGCUGCAUUUAAGAAAGCUGCAAGUUUAGCAGAUUCCUCACCUGCAUCGUUUCCCUUGCCUCUACGUGUUGAACCCAAGCCAAAAAGUGGGAUCAGACAGCAAGAUUUGUUGAAAAAGGUUGUUGAAGUUAAACCUAAACGCCCAAAAUUUUCAAGCUCCUCCGACGGAAAUCAAUCCAAUUUAAAAUCCCAGGAGUCCAACCAUGAGAACAAGAAUGAGCUUACUGUUUUGGAAUCAAAUAAAGCAGAAAAGCAGAAUAAGGUGGAAAACCCUGCCAAAUGCUUAUUAGGCUUAACAUAUGCAAGUUCUGAUGAUGAAGAGUAAUUGAAUUUGCAUUGGAUUUUUUAUACAUCUUUCAGUUGUAAUCUACAUGAUGACUUUUUUUUUCCCUUCACUUUCACCAUCCCUGCAUUCACAUUUUGUGAUAUUGAGUAAAUCUAAGAGAUAAUUUGUUUGUUUGAGCCAAAGAGAAAGUAGGAACAAGUAAACCAUUAGUUUAUUUUGUAUAUUUUUUUUCGUUUCUCUUGUAUUUUUCUUCACUUGAGAUUUAGCAUCUCUAAAGUUAAAGGUCUGGAAGGCUGUAAAACAUUUUACAACUUCAUCAACCCUUUACGUAAUUCUAGCAUUUAUGAGUCGACAAUAGUUGGCGAGCUUGGUUGGUUUAGGGUGCUAGAAGAUUAUUCAAUGCAUCCAUUUGACAUGGGUUAGUGUGGUAGAAAGUGUAAGUCUGCACCAGACUUAAGCUUAUCGGUUAGGUCAGGUUUGAGUUUGGCUUUAAUAUUUUAGUAUUUUAAGCAAGUUGGAUUCGGUUUAAUUUUUUAGGUCUUAUUUGUUACUCAAAUCUAUUUUUACAUAUAAUAAAGUUUUAUUUGGUU